CCAUUUUAUUACUGAGGAACAGAAGAAACUUGCACGCAUUCAGUGGAUCUGCGGCCUUUAGCUGUUGAAUUGCUUUAGUGGAUUCUUUUUCCUGUAUUGACUGUUUUCCAACAAUUAGCAGGCCUUGCUAAUUGUUGACAAGCGUAUAGUGUGCGCUUUCUUUUGUCCGGCUCAUGGUGUGACGUUCAUCAAAUAUUGGAGGAGAGAAGGUGAAAGAUGACCCAGUUUCUCCCCCCGAACCUGUUGGCCCUUUUUGCGCCGCGGGACCCAAUUCCCUUUUUGCCUCAGCUGGAAAAACUUCCCCAUGAAAAACAUCACAACCAGCCUUACUGUGGCAUUGCGCCAUUCAUCAGGCACUUCGAGGAUCCAAGAGAUGCCCCUCCACCGACACGGGCAGAGACACGGGAGGAGCGGCUUGAGAGAAAGAGAAGGGAGAAGAUUGAAAGGAGGCAGUCAGUGCUGGAGACAGAACUCAACCUUUGGGACCCCCAUAAUGACCCUAAUGCACAAGGGGAUGCAUUCAAGACGUUGUUUGUCGCACGAGUGAACUACGAUACGACAGAGUCCAAGCUUCGACGUGAAUUUGAGGUCUACGGCCCCAUUAAAAGGAUUUACAUAGUCUACAACAAGAAGACGGGGAAGCCUCGUGGUUACGCAUUUAUCGAGUACGAGCACGAACGAGACAUGCACUCCGCCUACAAACAUGCAGAUGGAAAGAAGAUCGACGGUAGGAGGGUGUUGGUGGAUGUGGAGCGAGGACGCACCGUCAAAGGAUGGCAUCCACGCAGGCUGGGUGGAGGUCUGGGUGGUACCAGGAGAGGUGGCGCUGAUGUCAACAUAAAGCACUCCGGCAGAGACGAUGCCUCCCGUUAUGACGACCGCCCUGUGGUGGCAGAGAGGGAGCGCGGAGAACGUGGGGAGCGCAGAGAGCGCAGCCGGGAACGUGACAGGGACAAAGACAGGGAGCGCAGGAGAUCUCGAUCCCGGGAACGCCGGCGUCGCACCCGCUCACGGGAGCGUGAAAGAGAACGAGAGAGACCAGCAGGCGAAGAGGGCGGCGGCGGCAACAACAACAACAACACCCCCACCACCAGGAGGAGGGAGCGGGAGAAAGAACGUGGUGGCGCAGGAGGGGGAGACAGCAGGAGGAGGGAAAGGAGCCGAGACAGGAAGAAGAGGAGCAGGAGCCGAGAGCGUAAGAGAGACAGGGACAGGGGUAAGGGGCUGGACGGCGAAGAGGCUGUUCAGGGAGAUGGCCCUCACGAGGGCGGAGAGCGAAUGCCGGAGGAGCAUGAAGGAGAAGGAGGCGGGGGGUUGGAAGGGCGUAGAGACCGAGACAAAGAAAGGGACAGGGACAGAAGACGCAGCCACAGAGACAGGGAGAGGCGCAGGGGAGACAGGGACAGAGACAGGGAGCACAAGAGAGAUCGAGGGGAUAGAGAGAAAGGUGAGCGCAGAGAGGAUCGCCACGGAUCCCUACGAGAUGACGCCGUCCCCCAGGACGACCUGGGUAAUGAGGACGAGGGAGAAACAACGCAACACAUGGAGGAGUACGGUCAGGAAGACGGGAUUCUGAUGGAGCAGCAGUUGGCGCCAUCUACUGAUGGUUACGGCUCCAGUGAGAACGGAUAUAAGAUGGAAGUUCCAGCAGAUGAGUACUGAGCCGCUCCUUCUGUCCCUGUCUGUUUAUUUCAUAAAUUCUUUUCUUGGCUCUUGAGUUUGUGCAGAGGCACAGAAGUCCAGCUGAUCUCACGGCCUCCUCAAAACAAAACUCUAAAUUUCUUCUGGUCAAAAAUCACGUCCUCUAUUCUAAUUAUCGCCCCACCCAGAUCAAUCACCAACUCGGUAAAUCACUUAAAUUGAACCUAGGUUGAAAAGCAUAAAAAAAAAAAAAAAAUUUGUUUUUUGCGGCUCUGUGAUGAGCUCAUGGUGAGCACACACA